AUGGGCACCAGGGCGCCGUUGCGCCCGCUCAACGCGCUCACGAAGCACUGCCGGUGCUACUCUGCCCGCGCCACGUCGCCCCACCCGGCCCUCGUCACCCUCCCCUCGUUCCUCUCCGCCUCGGAGCACGACCUCCUCCUCGAGCACUCGCUCCGCCUCCUCGACUCGCCCGCGCGCACCACAGCCGCCGCGCGCAAGAAGCGCCGCGAGUGGGUCAAGGCGCAUCCGGGCUGGGACGGCGGUGCGGCGCCGGCGGCGAGGACGGCGCGGUUCCUGCCGGACGAGGCGACGCUGUGGGAGGAGGGCCACUUUGACGGCGUCAUCAAGCUGUACCGCGAGAUGCUCGUCCGCGACGGGCAGUGGGGCGACGAGGCGCGCGAGGGGACCCCGCUCGCCGCCGCGCUCGACAAGGUCUACUCGCUCCUUCCUCCACCCUCCUCUUCCCCUCCAUCGCCCUCGCCCCGUCCGUCACCGCCCAGUCACCUCAUCCUCCACCUCCUCCACCUCUCGUCGCGCGGCUCGAUCGCGCCGCACGUCGACAACCUCGACGCGUUUGGGCGCACCAUCGCCGGCGUCAGCCUCGGCGGCGAGCGCGUCAUGCGCUUCAAGCGCGUGAGCGACCCGGGAAACGGCGACGACGUCGAUCCGGCGAUGCGAGACGGGCCGAGCGAGUUCGAGGUGCUGCUCGAGCCGGGGAGUGCCUACGUCCAGUCGGAGCCUCUUCGGACGCACUACACGCACGAGGUGCUCGAGACGGCGACGUGGGACGGUCGCCAAGUCGGCGGUACUCAGCGCCUCUCGUUGAUGCUGCGAGAUCGUGUACCAGGAGAUGGGCAGAAGCCGCCGCUCGCCGCCGCGCCUCGCGUCGCUCGAGGGGAGGACUCGGAGCGCUUCCGCAAGCAGUUUUCGUCGUUCCUCGAGGACGACAUCUCGUCCGAGGACAUCGAGGACAUGUACCGGUGCGUCCAAGAACCGCCUCCCUCGCCCUCCUCCUCGUCGUCCUACCCUCUCCACGAGCUCGUCGACGCCGUCACGGCGUCGUCGUCGCUGUCGUCGUGCCGCCCCACCGUCAUGGAGGCCCGCCCAAACUGA